GACAGAUCUAAAGCCGCCCUUCAACAACAGCAGCUACAUUCCACCCCAAAGAUCCAACAACAAAGCAUCAAUUGGUUCAAAACCCGCGAGAAGGUUGAUAUAUCGAACCCUCAAAGUCUCACCACGACACUGAUACCGGCACAACAACAUCACCGUCGGCUCAACUUCCCGCCGAUACAAGCCCCCCUUUGAGCAAUUGCGAGUCGAAGAUGGCACAACUUCACCACAAAUAUCUUGACAAAGCAUACAAAGAGUUCUGUAUCUGGGAAGACAUAGCAUGGAGGAGUUUUCGUCCCCAGAAUGUCUGGCUGCAAACUUCAGCCAGCCAGCGCCACACACCCCCAACUAACCUAACCUCACGCUUCAAGUACUUACAUCUCAUAACAAAAAAUCCAACAAAGUCAAAAUACCUAGACAUUCCGUCUCUCCAAGUCAUAAGACUUCAACCCACCAUGCCCGAAAAAUGCCUAACCGCCGCCCGCUCCUACGCCUGCAAACACACCUCCACCUCCACCUCCACCUCCCGCUCCCUCCCCAAAACCCUCUCCCCCUCCUCCGCCUCAAGCUUCACGCACCUCUUCUUCGCGCCCCUAACCGCCUUCGUCGUGAAAGUAAUCCUAGCCGGCGCCAGCGGCUUCAUCGGCACCGAACUCCUCUCUCACCUCCUCUCCAGCACAUCCAUAACCUCCAUCAUCAUCCUGUCGCGGCGGCCGUUGGCGGAUAUCGCGGCCCGUGAUCCACGGAUCCGGGUUUUUGUUCUGAAGAGCUUUUUGGAGUUCGAGGAGGAGGUGAGGGGGGAGUUGGAGGGGGCGAGGGCGGUUUUUUGGUGAGUGUGCUGAUGGGACGGAGAAGGGGGAGAGGAGAGAGAGAGAGAGAGAGAGAGAGAGAGAGAGGCUGAUGAUGAUGAUGAUGAUGAUGAUAGGGCGCUCGGAGGAUCGAAUGCGAAGCCGACGCCGGGGGAGAUGGUGGAUGAGGUGGAGGUGCAGUAUCCGUUGGCGUUGGCGAAUGUGUUGAUUUCGUUGAGGAAAGCGGGAGGAGAGAGUAAGGAGGGUGGUGGCGCGCAGUUGAGGUUUUUGUUUGUGAGUGGGACGUUCUCGGAGAGGGAUCAGGGGAGACGGCUUUGGUUUUUGGAGCAGGGGAGGAUGGCGAGGGUUAGUUGUUCUUUGCUUUGCAAAGGUGUGUCUAAGUUGAUGAGAAGAGAAC